AUGGCGGGUUCUCUGUCUGGGCGAAAGUCUUAUAAUGAGGAUUUAUCAAGAAGUAAAACAACAAGUCAGAGCAAAACAUGGGAAUGCGUUAUCCCAGCAUGUAUGAAUUAUUACAUCUCAAGUAAUGCAGUGGAUAGAAAUGAAAAAACCUGUGCAAGAAGCACGUUCAUAGGUGAGGGCGCAACAGAGAAGACAGUAUGGUGGAAAGUGGAUAUGGGUGAUAUUUACAGUAUUUACAGCAUCGAUGUGCUGUUUGAAAACAUGGAAGACGAGGCUCGACAAAGAGGGCGUUUUGCAGGAUUUUCUCUCUACUUGUCAGAGUCAGGAAAAAGAGACAAUGAUUCACUUUGUUACAAAAAUGGACAGGAUGUACCUCCAUUGAAUUUUACGACAACUUGCAUCGGAUACGGGCGUUAUGUUUUCUUUUACAAUGAACGAUUGGACGGAGUUGAUUAUCCACCAGAUUACAAAAUGAGAUCAUUAUCUAUGUUAUGCGAAGUGAUAGUGAAAGGUUGUAAUAAAACCUUUUAUGGAAAAAAUUGUGAAAAAAAAUGUUCAGUCAACUGUGAAGAUCAAAGAUGUAACAUCGUAAAUGGAACAUGUAUGAGAUGCUCUAGCGGGUGGACAGGACAAUUAUGCAAAAAUAGUAUGAACGUUAUGAUUUCAUUCUCCAGUCUAGUUUAG